AUGGGGUCCAUGUUAGCUCAGAAAGAUAAGAUGGCUAUCUACUAUUUGAGCAAGAAAUUCUUGGAAUAUGAAGUUCGAUAUACAUCAUUAGAAAAGACUUGCGCAGCUCUUAUUCGAGCAACAAGAAGGUUGCAACACUAUAUGGUGGCAUAUCCAAUUCGCUUGAUUUCCAGAAUAGAUCAUAUUAAGUAUUUAUUCGAAAAUCCUGCACUCACCGGUAAAAUGGCAAGGUGGUUGCUAUUACUAUCAGAAUUUAACAUUACAUAUGUCAAUCAAAAGUCUAUCAAAGGCAGAGCAAUUGUGGAUCACUUGUCUACACACCCCACAGAAGAUGGAAGAUCAUUAGACGAUGCUUUUCCAGAUGAGGAAAUCAUGGUAGUUGAAGAACGAAACUCUGUGAACACAUGGCAAUUAUAUUUUGACGGAGUAGCCACUCAAAGAGGGUAUGGGGUAGGACUGUUAUUUAUAACACUUGACGAGCUCUAUUUACCUUCAUCUUUUCGACUUGAUUUUCCAUGCACCAAUAAUAUUGCUGAAUAUGAAGCAUGUGCAAUCGGUCUGGAGAUAGCUCUGACAAUUGGGGUAAAAAAGAUCCAAGUGUUUGGUGACUCAUCCAUUGUAAUCUGCGAAACUCAAGGGAAAUGGAAGACCAGAGAUGAGAAAUUGAAGCCUUAUCAAGAAUAUCUUAAGAAGACUCUAAACACUUUGAGGAAAUCUCUUUAG